UUCAUGCUAAUACUCGCAUGUUUUCGAAUAGUUUGCUUGAAAACGAAAGUUGGGUGUUUAUUCUGCGGACCGCUUUCUGAAAUGCGGCAAUAUGAGGGUACCUGACUUCAGUUGACUUGCAUUUCACUGCAUACUAUUCAACACCCCUUUUUCUUUUCGUUUUCUUGAAGCAAAUGUAUGGAUAUCUUGUGGAAAAUAGGUCUACGACUGAGUGAAAAUCUAGAAACUGUAACAAAAUUGUUCUGAAGUAGCUGAAUUUUAUAUGAAACAAAGAACAAUUUCUUUUAUUGGUAUAUAGCCUGUACAAUUAUCCAAAAUCGGCUAGUUAUCAGUUCAUUGUAUAAAGGUCAGACGGAAUAUGUGACGUCACGUUCUAUGUGUAGAAUGUUCGAAAACAUGUAAAUACAAGCAUGAAAAGUGGCUUAUUUUAUGUAAAAUUCAUCCAACGAGUGAAAUAAUGCCCGAUUGAUCCCGGUUUACUCGCAAAUGACAAACAUGAUAUACUUAUUAGGGACUUUCGACUACACCUUGGAAGCACAUUUCUAACCGAAUUACUUCUAUAUAACCUUCAGGAUACAAAUGGGUUAUCCAUCACGUGAUUUAACCCAAUCGUGGAACAUCGGGCAUUUCCGUAUUCUCCGGUAAAUUAUUAUUGCGUAGCAUAAAGGCCGAGGUGAUCAGGUUGGAUUUAACCUUGACUGUGUUUAUUGUCACGUAGCUGCAAUAUCAAUAGAUAUCAGAUACAGUUCGAUUACUAGGUCAUACGUGUUUACACGUUUUCAAACCAAAUUUUAUCUCCUUACAAAAUGAUCUUUCUACUUUUUGAUUAUGUUUCGUUUUAGUUUAAGUUCACGUUUUUCUUAUUCAAGACAGACUGAAAUAUGGAACACUUAGUUAAGGUUACAAAACGUAAUCUUUAAUGUUUACAAACAUGAUGUUUACAAAAACGAACUGUACACCGACAUAGAAGUAAUUGAAUACAUUUCACAGGUUACGGUUACAGGAUUUAUUUAUUUGAUAUAAAAUGGCUGGUUUUGAACGGUUAUGUAAAGAGAGCCCUGAUGGUUCUAUGGCAUCUGGAUAUAGCCCUGGAAUGAAUGUUGCUAGUUCUCACAAUCAAAAGGAUUCAAACUGUAAUUUAGAUUCAGAUACAUUAUUAUGUGAUCCUUGCAAGUUUGAUGAAACCAAAGAACAAGCUGUCGGAUUUUGUUCAGUUUGUUUAGAAUAUUUAUGCAACAGUUGCAUAAAAGAACAUAAAAAAGCGAAAAUGACAAGAGGACAUAGAGUAAUACUUCAGGAAAUUCAGACAAAUGCUGCUGCAUUCAAGGAAAUAAGAAAACUUAUAAUAUGUCCGUUUCAUGCAGAUAUGAAUAUUGUAUAUCGUUGCGACGAUCAUGAUGUGCUUGCAUGUAUUUCAUGUAAGGCUGAAACACAUAGAAAAUGCGAAAAUGUGUAUGAAAUCGGAAAGUCAAACGGCUCUGACACUGUACUGAAAGAUGUGUUAGACUCAUUGCGUGAAAUCGAGGAAGCAUCAAGAAACGUACAGAAAGCUAAGAAAGAAAAUAUAGAUCAUUUAUAUCAAGAGCAAAGCAAAAUCUUGUAUGAGACUAAAACGUAUUGCGAGGAGAUUAUUAACACAGUAAAAGAACAUGAAGUAAAAAUUGAGAACGAAACAAAGGAGAAAAUAGAGCUAGCAGUAUCUGAAGUUAAAAAAGAUUUAGACGAAUCAACCCGUUUGGCAGAAGAGGGAGAAAACAGUAAAAACAUGGUAGAGGCAGUUUUGAAAUAUAUGGCUAACGACACGGCGGUUAUUAUUGCCCACCAACUUAACAGCAAAGCACAACAGGUAAGGAGCAAUAUCGACAAACUUUCAAAAAAUCAUUUAAGUGUGCACUUAGUAAAAGAUCAAAAUGUUAGUGAUUUUCCCAAACUUGGAACUUUAUUCAUAAAACACCAUAAAAAACCGGAUGCUGAAGAGAAGCAAGUCCUCCCACAAGAAUAUCAUGUUAUCGAAAACUCAAGCGACGCAGUACUUGAUUCCAGAGAAACAUCACCAUUUACUGAUGCAUGUAAAAUUAAAACUGCAACAGUAAAAAAUGAGCGCACAAAAGUUAAGUCGUCAUUAGAAAGAAGAGUUACAUACCAAAAUCAAUACUGUGUGGAAAGCAAUGAUAGCAAAUUUUGCUCAGUAUUAGGAUCUGUCAUUUUCCCGGACGGUCAGCUAUUGAUAAUUGAUAUCGAUAAUUCGAAACUGAAACUGCUAUCUGAACAAUUUGUACUUCAAAGUACGUUAAGGUUGCCAGGAAAACCAGUUAGAGUAUGUGCAAUUGAUAGUGACUCAGUUGCAGUAAGUUUUGAAAGUGUCAAAAGAAUAAACCGCUACAGAAUAUUUUCUAGCGAAAUUAUAUAUGAAGGUGGUUUUAAAACCGAUCUUUACAACUUUGGAAUAGCAUAUAAUGGUGUCAAUAUUGUCGCCCUUAUGUCAAACAGACACUAUGGAACGGAAAAUAACGCAUAUGAAGACAUAAUUGAAAUUCAAGUGAUGGAUGUCACAAAUGGAUCGGUAUUAGAAACCAUAAGUAAUCUAAGAAAAGUGAAUAAUAUGAAAUAUGUUUUAAGAGAUAUACAAGCAUUGCAUGUUAAUGAAAGAAAUGAGCUGAUAGUGGCUGAAGCGAACGGAGUAACGUGCUUUGCUAUUAGCAAGGGAAAAAGGCAAACAAUUGCCACAGCAAAGACCUGGUAUACGUGUCAUGGAGUAAUAGAGAAAAACAGUAUAGAAAACAUUACCUCUGACAAAGACAGUGUUUAUGUAUGUGUACGAAAUGGAACCAUACUUCAAAUGGCAAUAGAAGAUUACAGAAUUAACAGAGUUAUAAUAUCAAAUAUAGGUUCAUCAGCAAGGACAGUGUCUGUCGAUAAUGAAAGAGACUGUAUUGUAGUUGGAUGUUUCAAUGAUGAUUACAUACAUGUUUUUUCUUUCAAAUAGGCUUCAGGCAAUGAAGGAAAACGUUUUCGGCAUAGACGUAGCUUAAUCAGUAGUUAAAACGUCACUUCGAAUAAGUGAUCGCAAUACCCCAGUAAACUAUUUUGCUUGAAUGGAAAAAAACAACACCAUUUGCACACUUUCAUAAACGACGGCUGACUGUUUCAGUAAACAGUUAUUAUUACGGUUGCCAAAAUGCCUUAGAUAGUAUUUUUUUUUGACCUAAUGAAGGAGUAAGAAUAACAAACGAUUCUCGAAGGGACGAUAUUUCUCUGACUUCCACUAUAUUUAGCAAAAUGGGCAACCGUGUGUACGUGCGUGCGUGUGUGUACAUGCGUGUUUGCACUGCUUGGUUUGCGGUGUAGGGAGACCGCGUGUUAGGAACGUGACUUUCCCUGCUUAAUCUUCAUCCUUGAUUUUUCCUACUUCCCCUCAUCACACCACCCAUUUAUCUAUCUAUCUAUCUUAUAUGUUUUUGUUGUAUUUUGUGUAGAAUCAAAAUGCACUUGCUGUUGGAUAUUUGAAGCAACCCGCCAACUUUAUUUUUCGUUACAGCCUUUUAGUUGCUGGCCUGCUAUGCGAUGUAUGGCUCUAUGGCAGUGUUUGGGGUUCUCUGUGCUUCCGGAAAAUCUUCCCUUACCUUUUAUCUUUUUUUUAAAGUUCAAAACCAUAAGUUGUCCUUAAGAUUUAACAAAAGGUGAUAUUCAGAAAAUAUUAAAGUAAAUAAAUUUUCAGAUAACAUUUUAAAGUAUAACUUAAGUAAAGCUGUUCUUUAUUUUACGUCAUAUACGUACAGCAUGACUAAUGCUUUUGAGAUAUUCCCUGCAUAUUUUGAGACUGCGCUAUUAUUUCUAAUAGAUACUGCCUGAAACUAACUAAAUCACUUUAUUUUCAUUCAUCAUUUAAACACAGAUUUCGAAAUUUCGAAACAAUGUAUAAAACUGGCUACUUCCCUCAUAUGAUAGUGUUAUAUAAUCAUAGAUUAUUUUAUUUGUUUAACUUGUCAAAUAAGGUCAGAAGUACAUUAGCGGACAUAUAACGAGUACAUCCUGUCAAGUUGAUAUAUGAUGCAUUUAUGUUAUUGUUUAUUAUAUCAAACCCACACGUUUUAUACGUCAAAUUGUCAGACAGUGCAUAUAACUAAUGUUAGAGAAUUGCUAUAUAUUGCUGGUUUAGAUAUCUCGGAUGGUCAGAAAGGGUCUAAGACAGACCAGGUUUAGGCCGGUUGUCCGGACUGAGACCUAGGAAAUGGGUCUCGUAGAUAUUAAGAUUAAGUUAGGUUUUAGAUAUGACACUUGUUAAGACCAGACUUAAGAAGUUACAAAAUGAAUUAUGAAAGUUAUGUACGAAAUAUUCUACUGUGUAAAUAAACAUCAAAAACG